AUGAACAUCGUCAGCAACAUUAAUGAGAACGAUUUAGCUCUGCUUUGGAGUGAAGAAUCAAAGACGAACCCAGUGAGUAAGAAUUUAAAUCCCGUACGUUUAGCACCCACAGUGUGUUCGAAGCAAAGCAAAAGCAGCGAGGAAAUUUCGCCUAGUGGCAAUUCCAUAUCGUCGUUACCUAUUGCCGCUAUCACAGCUACAAGCAAUACAAGUCUUCACAUUGAUAAUUUGGAUUCUGCUUCAGAAGAAGUACUAGUACCAAGCAUCAACUCUCAUAGUAGAGACAGAAUCUCAGUCAUGAACAACCGUUCUACUACCUUACUAUCGCAGGAAGAAAUAGGACAGCGCUUAGUAGCAAAUGCUCCAAUGUCUUCUAUUUCAAAUUCCAAAUCUUUCGUUAAUACAUCUAGAACUUUGACGCAGAAUGAAUCAACCAUAAGUACUCAAGAUGCAAUCAAUACAGAGUUGAACCGAAUGAGGACUUCAAUUAUUGCCAAGCGGGAGCGAGAACGAAAAAGGAAGGAAUUUUUGGAAGACGAAAGAGUUUUAGUUGGAAACAAAGUUAGCGAGGGACAUUCCAAUUAUGUUAUGGCAUACAAUAUGCUAACUGGUAUCCGAGUUAGCGUUUCCAGAUGUUCCGGGAUAAUGAAGCCUCUGACAGAGGUCGAUUUUAGGACCACAAAGAAGUUAGCUUUCGACAUAUCAGGUUCGGAACUCAUACCAUCGUCAAAGUACGAUUUCAAAUUCAAAGACUAUGCUCCCCAGGUAUUCAGAUCACUGAGACUUCUUUUCGGAUUAGAUCCCGCUGAUUACCUUGUCUCGUUAACUUCCAAAUACAUUCUGUCCGAGUUAGGAUCUCCUGGCAAGAGUGGUUCUUUCUUUUACUAUUCUCGUGACUACAAAUUCAUCAUCAAAACAAUACAUCAUUCUGAACACAGGCAACUGAGAAGAAUACUUCCACAAUACUAUAAUCAUAUCAAAGAAAAUCCAAAGACUCUAAUAUCUCAAUUCUAUGGGCUUCACAGAGUAAAAAUGCCAUGGGGUCGAAAUGCUGGUUUAAGAAAAGUUCAUUUUAUAGUUAUGAACAAUAUAUUUCCUCCAGCAAAAGAUAUACGAAGCCAGUAUGACUUGAAGGGCUCUUUAGCUGGUAGAAUAACUAGGACUCCUACUACUAAUAGUGAACUAGCCCGUACUAUUGUGUUGAAGGACCAGAAUUGGUUAAAGGAGGAAAAAACGCUCAAACUCGGACCCCAGAAGGCAAAAGAUUUUUUGAAUCAACUCCGGUCUGACGUAGAUCUACUUGAAAGGCUAAACAUCAUGGAUUACUCACUGUUGGUAGGAAUUCACUAUGAACCUAAUAGACUUAAAAAGAACAACACACCCGAAACUUUGAUGAGUUUUGAGGGAAGAUCUGAAUUGAGAGCUACAGACUAUCUGAAUAACGAUCUGGAUGAGGUUUAUUAUGUGGGAGUUAUAGAUUGCUUAACUAAUUACUCAUUUUUCAAAAAGGUGGAAACUCUCUGGAGAUCCCUGAGUCAUAAAAGAGCCGAAGUAAGUGCGGUACCACCGAUGGAGUAUGGUGAGCGUUUUUAUCAGUUUGUACGGAACUCAGUAGAUUCUCAUCUAAUUAGAAAACAAUGUUAA